GUUAGAAAUUUAACUCUACUUUGCCCUCAACAUAUUUCUCAAGCACCUAUUAUAUCUGAUACAGAAGCAAAUUGUAUGAUGUGUGAUAUGCCUGGAAAUAUUGCAGAAUUAUUAUUUUGUACUAGUUGUGGUCAUCAUUAUCAUGGUUCUUGUCUUGAUCCAGCAAUAGCAGUGAAUGCUGUUGUAAGAGCUGGAUGGCAAUGUCCAGAUUGUAAAGUUUGCCAAACAUGUCGUAGACAACCAGAAGAUGAUAAUAAGAUGCUUGUAUGUGAUACAUGUGAUAAAGGUUACCAUACAUUUUGUCUGAAACCAAUGAUGGUUACUAUUCCCAAAAAUGGAUGGAAAUGCAAGAAUUGUCGAAUUUGUGGAGAUUGUGGAGCACGCACUCCUGGAAGUGGUCCUAGUUCACGUUGGCACAUGAAUUAUACUGUUUGUGAUAGUUGUUAUCAACAAAGAAAUAAAGGUGUAGCGUGCCCAUUAUGUGGAAAAGCUUAUAGACAGUUUAGUCAAAGAGGAGAAAUGGCCCAGUGUAGAGUUUGUAGAAAAUUUAUUCAUGUAGAUUGUGAUCCUAGAAUUGAUCAGUUCAAAGAUUGUGGUACUAUGGUUCCUUAUAUUUGUCCUGUUUGCAGUAGCCCUUCUUCACAAACAAACAUGUUAAUGAAGGACAUGGAUAUUUGUGCAAGAGCAAAAAUGAGAGAAGAUAAUACUAUUUCUCCACAUUUGGAAAGUGUUUUGGGUGGUUCAAAAGAUUCAUUUGGAACUGUUAAUGAGGAUUCUGUUUCAAGUAUAGAUAUGGAUUUAAAUAUAUCUGAAAAAUCAAUGAAUUAUGUUGGUCAACCUAUGGCAGUUAUAAAUUACCAGAAUGAUAUUUCUCAGUCAUACGAUCCUACAGUAUUAACUUAUCAUCUUCCAAGACAUCUUCCUAUCGGUGGAAAAUUUCCAGGCAAGAAAAGAAUGGGUGUUGGAAGACCAAGAGUAUGUAUAUUAUUUGUAACAAAACUAUGCAUGUAUGAAAUUUGUAUUGGAAUUUUUUAAAACAAUAUCAAAUGUUUUUUAAGUGACAAAGCUAUAUGUUAAAGACAGUUACUAUUUGUAAUGAUAUUUGGAGAAAAUUACAAUAACAUAUAUUGCAGUAUUUUGAAUACUAAAUCUAUCAAUUAUGAAAAACAUUCUAGCUGCAGGUUUUUAAUGAUUAAAAGUUUUCUAUUAAUAAUAAAUAAAUAAAUAAAUAAUAUACAGUGGGUGAUUAGUUAACGAACAGUUCAGACUGCAAACAAAUUGGACAACAAACACCUCACAGAACAAAUACCAGAAGAAGCAAUGCUGUGUUUAAGAUUUGUAAAACUAUAUUUUAAUGGCAUCUAUGAAUGGCUUAUGGAACAAAACUUUCACAGUUGUAUACAUAAUCUUUUCUGCACUACUUAAUUUGUUUUCUGAAUUUUUGUAAGUGCUUUUCUUAGCUUUUAAUUUUAAAAACUGAUAAUAUUAUGAGACCUAAAAAAAGUGGAGUGUCAAGA